AGCUACUACGUAUUUCCUGUUCCUCAUCCAGCUACGUGUCAAGCUUUCCACUUGUCUCGUGUUUUCCAACUAGAUUUGUUUUUUAAAUAACAUUUUCACCAGUUUGUUUAUCCACUCGAAGGGUAGAGGGCUGUCGCUUUCUUCAUGGUAAAUGUCGCGGGUUUAAGAUAAGGGGAGGUAGAAUUAAUAAGGCAGUUACCAUAAGUCACUGGAGUUCUGUGAUGUUUUACCCGCUCUUUGACUGACAGGGAGAUCUACAAUGUGGACAGAAAAGCAAAGAGGGAUCCAUGUGACCCAGGAGGAGCUUCUCUGCAAAAACGCCUGUGGUUUCUAUGGAAAUCCUGCAUGGAACGGCUUCUGCUCCAAGUGCUGGAGAGAUGGAUCUCGUUCUGCCAGCACCCCGAGGCAAGACGCUAGACCAAGAGACGAUGGCGCAUCCCCGACAUUCUCUAAAUUUGAGGAGAAGAAGAACUUUGAAAAAAGUCGUCGCAUAAACACAGUGAGAAGACUCUUCUGGGGCAGUUCGUCUCCUCCCAAACCUCAAGAGUCCUCAGAAAGUCAUACAAAGAUGUUACAAGCCUACCAGAGCCUUGAACCUGGUGACUUCCCUGGUUUCCUAAAGAUCUUGCGCAGCCCGCCAUCCCAGCGUCUGCAGUCCCGCUGCACAGCUUUCCUGAACACAAUGAAGGCUUACCAUGAUCUGCCGGUACAGAAACAGUCGGACCUUGUGCAGGACUUCUACCAAUCUUUUGCUGAGCACUUUAGAAGUUUUCCUGAAGCUCAGGUCACUGAGAUAAUGGAGCAUGUAGAGAAGCUGAUAAUGACACGACUGCACAAAUGGGUGUUCUGCCAUGACAGCUGUGACGAUGAACAGAAGGACUUGGCUCUCCAAAGACGGAUACGCUCCUUAAACUGGAUCACGGCACAAAUGUUGAGUGUUCCUUUUCCAAAUGAGAAGAUUCCAGUCACAGGAGACCCCUUCUUGACUGCAAUAACAGCCAUAAUUGAAAUGGAUGCCAAAAGAGCCCCGCAGGACAAACUUGCAUGCGUAUCCAAAUGCUGUCAGCACAUCUUUGAGGCGCUCGCUGUGUCCAGCAGUGAGCCCGCUAAUGCUGAUGACUUCUUGUCCGGCCUGGUCUAUGUGCUGCUCAAAGCCAAUCCGCCCCGCCUGCACUCCAACAUGCAGUACAUGAUUCGCUUUGGGCUCCCUCACAGUCUCAUGGCAGGAGAGACCGGCUACUACUUCACCAACCUGUCAUGUGCAGUGGCCUUCAUUGAGAAGCUGGAUGGACCAGCUCUCAACCUGAGCCCUGAAGAUUUUGAAAGCUACAUGAGGGGUCAGCGUGCGCCCUCCAUAGCAGCAAAGAGGCAUCACGUUGCCAGAGACACACAGAGUCUGUUGGAAGAGCUGCAAGGCAGACACCAGAAACUUCACCAAGGAGUAGAUGAUCUCAGUGUGCAGCUCCAGAACUGGGUUCAAGAUGUUCAUUGUCAGAUUGACCAAGCAACCGCCCAGUUUACCAAAGCUCAGGUGGAGAUAACCGCACAAGCUGAGGUCUCACAGCUGGCUUCAGUAUCAGAUCAGGGUCAACACAGCGAAGGUGAUGAUGAAGACCACUCAGCGUCGGUGCUUCAGGAUCAUCAUGGAGCUCCAGAAGAUGAAAGACUGUCUUACCAGAACCUCCACAAAAACUAGGAAUAGAACUAAGCUUUCAGGAGAAACUUUAUUUAUCUAACAAAUUUGCACACGCACUAACUAACUCCAGAAGGAUCCAUUAAAGGCACCUGACAUUUCUCUGUAUUAUUUCUGAACAUAUUUGGAUUUGUAAUGACUUUAACAUUAAUUUGCACUAAUGUUUUAACAUGAAGACAGGGAAAUCCUGCCGGUAUAGUUACAUUAGUAACUUGUAAUGAAGUUACACUGAACACUCGGGGAAGGUUAAUGGGGGGAUGACACUUAAGGGUGCCUACUUCAUAAUGGUGUUUUCUGUGUUCACUGUGAAUAUACUCUAAUGUUGCAAAAUAACAGAUUGAAAUGUGAAAUUAAUUUUGUGAUCACUACAAGUGACGGUUGUGAUUAUGCUACAGCUGUAUGAUCUUUUUUUUUUUCUUUGCAGAUCAGAGACACAGUUUCUUAUUUUUCCCAUUUGUAAAAGUUGGUUACAGCAUAUGAAGUUUAUGAACAUUAAAUAAAUGUAUCUUAAUCGAUAUUCGUAUGAACUAAGAAAUUAAAGAUUAUAUUUGUUGAUUGAA